GGCUCGCUGCAGUGCUGCUGCGGUUCCCGGCCGGCACCAUGCGCGGCUGCGGCUCCGGGACGCGCGCCCUGCGGCUGCCGCUGCUGCUGCUCUCGCUGGCCGCAAUGUGCCUGUCGGAGGACGCGCUCUCAGGUCCAACUACGACAACACAAAGCACCAGUCAGCAAACUCAGAAUAUUUUAAAUAAUACACCAACGGAGCAUAAUGUAUCUACACCUGGUCAAGCUAUAACAACUCAAGGUGUCCAUCAGGAAACUCGGGAGAGUUUUUCUGAGAAUACAUCAGGGGGGCAUGACAGAUCGACAGAUGGUCCACGUUACACCACACAACAGACUAAUCUCACAUGGAUGGCAUACAACAUAUCCAUACCUGGAUUUUCUUCUCCGUUAAUCGAAAAAAAUAUCACAUUAGACAGUCCAGCUAACAUUGAACUUUCGUGUACUGUGGCCAGUGUAUCUACUCAUGCGGUAGCCAUUGAAAAGACUUGGAAGAAGGAUACUAAAACAAUUGAAAGUAAUGUCACCAGUAAUGAAACCAAAAAUGUCUGGAGUACUCAGUAUAAAUUGCAGAUCCGAGAGAAAAAAGACAUGGGAAGUUACAUGUGUGUUAUGAAAGGUGAACAGGAAGUGCAAGCUGUCUUUCAUUUAAAAGUGCCUAAAAUUAAAGGAAAAGAAAAGCCCAUAGUCAGUUAUGAAGGAGAUUCCGUUGUCAUGGUAUGUGAAAGUGGCAACUAUAUUCCUAUCACUUGGAUCUGGUAUACAAUUAAUGGAAGUCACCAGGUUCCUAUUAAUGAUUCCCUGAUGCCAGAGAAGUACAUAAUUGAUAAAACACCUGCCAACAAAACCCAUCUCAAGAUUAUGAAGCUCACAGGGCAAGAUGGUGGAUUAUAUGUGUGCCAAGCUGUAUUCAAACUAGGAGAAAACAAUGGAGAAGUGAAUCUUAAAGUUCUCAACUACAUGGUGCCACUCAAACCAUUUUUUGCAAUAGCUGCUGAAGUUAUUGUAUUAGUAGCUCUUAUUUUCCUUUAUGAGAUAUACUCCAAAAAGAAAGAAAUGCUUGCAGAAGGUGAAAAAGAAUUUGAACAAAUUGAGCAACUAAAAUCAGAAGAAAGCAAUGGUGUUGAAAAUAGCAGUACCAGGCAUAGAAAAGUUUAAAUCAGUUCCCAAUCCAAGGAGCCUUCAAAUCAAGAGAAAGCAAACUACAGAACGAUAUAUUACAACUAUGUAUUUCAAAUAUCUAUUAUGCUUCUAAUUAGAGCUUUCCAGAUGUGUAACCAAAGUCAUUAUCUCUUAUAAUGUUUUUAAAAUAUAGACAUGAAAUUGCCUUUCUGCUAAAUAAUCACUUUAUAAACACAGUACUGUAUCCUAAUAUUGCACAUACACAUGGGCUGUCUCAUGCCUGUUGUGUUUAUGUUCCUUCUAGUAAAAAAGCAAUCUUUCUACUACUCAAAAAUCAGUUAGUUAAGACUAACCAUGUUAGUCUUAGCCUAUUAGGCUUUGCUUCCUGCAUUGGGUCCAAUCCUGCUUUCACUGAGGAAACAAGUGAUACAGGAUCAGGGCCAUUAUCUAACAAUGAAUAUUAUGGAGGUAAGUUCACCUUCACGAAAGUACUUUUCAAUCUUGAAGUGCUUACACCAAAUAAAAAUGCCUUUUACUAGGAAAUUGAACAAAUUCAACACAAACAAGCCUUUUUUCCUACCAAAGGACUGAUCAAGGGGAAUCUUUAUCAUAGUUCUUAUGCAAUAUAUAUAUAUAUUUUUUUUUUUACAAUUUCUUAGGAAAAUACAAAAAUUCUCAUUUUUUUUUUUUUUUAUUUAGUAUCAUUUUAUAGAUGAGGAAGUUUAAGGUGCUACAAUUGCUUUGACUUCCUGACUGAAUACAAAAGGCCACAUUUUGUACUAUAACACUAUGGCCAGUACUUCUCAAAUUAGUAAAUAAAUGACUAUACAUGUACAGUACUGAAAGUCCCUAGCACUGACUCAAACAUCAAUGGCCAGAUAUAUUCCAUAUAUCGGGCAUGGAGCAGGCGUAAGUAUCUAAGUACUCUUUGGUCCUGUUUGAACCCCUGAAAAGCUUAAUACCAAAAAUGAGCAAGUCAUCCUCCUCAAUGCUUUUCUGUUAGUCUUAAUGGUCAGAUAAUGUCAUGUUAUAAAAAUAUAAAAUUUUCAGGGACCUGACCAGGGUACAAUAAAUUUGAACUUAAGGCCUAAUUUUGCUUAGAUGCCUAAUAGGUAGUAUAGAACCUGGACACAAAUAUCUGCCCUAAUUAGGCAACCUCCUGUUUUUAGAGCUUACCUGAAAGUGUCCCUGAAUCUAAUAAGUUCAGGUCUUCUGUAUGUCACUUAGACGACACUAAUGGCCACUUUCGAUGACCUUUACUGCUAGUCCUAUUGGACACUAGAAAGGUUUUGCUGUUCUGGAUAUUUACAUACCUUCUUUCACCUCAAAGAAUUAAGGAAAAUAAGCAACAUUAACCCAAUUAAAUUAACUGUAUUGUUAUCAUUGUAUUUUAUUUAAUGUCCCCAUUCUUAUGCAAAUUGCCAAUGACCACAAAUGGGCAGGGCCUCGCUUGUAUAACUUAUGCAAAAGACAGUACUUCCAGAAGAACAGUGACAUGUUCCCCCAUUCUUGGAUUUUGGUGUAAUACUAGUAGCCAAGCAGGCUACCUACAAUCCUCACUACCACCUCCUAUAACAUCCUAGAUUAUUCUUUCAUAAAUUCCCAUUUAGGUAAAGAGAUGGGUCUAAUGCUGCUUAACUUGUGAGACCAGUUAGAACCACAGUACCAAAUGAUACAGCUGCAGGUAGUCCUGUAAUAAGCCAUUGUAAUAAACCACAAGCCAUUGCAGCUUGUGAAGUUGCCACAGAACUAAUACCAGCAAUUAAGGGUGCCAGUUAGUUACAAUAUAUAUUCAGCAAAUGAAACCUAUACAUUGGUUCAUUUCCAGCAGUAAGAAUUUAUCUGAAAAUUCUUCCCCAUGCUCCCUCUGAUCAGUUGAUUGGUGGAGAGGGGUGGCUAUCACAGGAGAAUGCCCCCCACAUGCUGAUUGGAUGAUUGCUGGGAAGGGAGGGGAUAUUCCUUGCAGGAUCCCCACAGGGCUUUCUGACAGCUUGCCCCUGGAUGAGCUAUCACAGAGCCAGUGCUCUCCCUCCCUCUUCUUGGAAGGGAAGAAGGGAUAACAGCAGACUAUGGUUCUCUGGUUGUGGGUAUCCUCCACACCUGAAGAAGUAGACAAUCAUUCAAAAUAGAUCAGGAGAGAGAGAGAGAGAGAGAUGUUCCCCAUGUAAAUCUAAUUUCCUUGCAAAAGGCUCAAUUCUCUUUCACAAGAAAUCUCUUGAACAAAUGAAUACUCUCUCUUUUUGUGCCAAGAAAAUGGUUUCUGUCCUGGCACAAACCUAACACCUGUUCAUUACCAUUGUGUAAUUGACUGCUUUUCCAUUACAAACUCCUGCUUGAGUCCACAGAAGAAAAUUAAGCAUCCUUUUAUUUAAAAGAAGCAGGGAGCAUUUAUUUUAAGUAAAGGAGAAAACACUCAAGAACUUUUCCCUUGUCCCUGUGAAAGUACUUUAAGAAACUAAUGUAGGCAAAUAUAUGCAGCUUCUUGUUCAGGAGAAAAGAAAAGCCAGCGCUUAAGUUGCACAGACUACAAUGUCAAUGCUAUUUUGCUGUUUGGCAAACAAAACAGACAAAAAGAAAAUAUGAUUAACACACAAGACUGAGAAGGGGGUGCUUAUAAAACCUUGUUUACAGUCUUUCUGGAUCUGGAAGUAGUAGUUACUGUCUGUAAUGUUGGUUUUGGGAAUAGAUAUCCAGUUUGACUUGUUUUAAAUUAAAGAAUGAGUUUAAUGUUGUACCCUAAUUAGCACAAAGUUUAAAGGCUAAAUAAAAAGCAGAGUCUCACAUGUUUGGAUAGUGAUCACUGAUAAAGAUUUCCCUGGUCAAGAUACUGUGUUUUAUUACACUCAGCCUCAAUCUUCCAGUGCACUACAUAUAAACCAAAACAGUUACAGCUUUUAUAUGAAUUUGUAUCAUUAUCAUAUUCAUAUUUAUUGUUAGAGCAAGUAAAGAUACAUUUACUAUUUUAAAAAAUAAAUUGCUUGAUUUUGUUGUUCAUCUAUUGAUUAUGUUAAUGAAUAACAUUCCAAGAUUAUAACCUUUUUUGGUAAAAAAAAACAAACUUCAUACCUAAGGACUUCAGAUUAUUUAUUAAACUUUAGUGUUUAUUUGGUUUGUGAUGCAUGUUAAUCUUCACUUGAUACACAUAUUUAAUUCCCAAACUAGAAAUGUUGGGAAUUAUGUGCUGCACUAGAAUAUAACCCAAGAGGACUCUUAGUUUUUGUUCUUUUAAACAAUAUCUUGCAAACAUUUCUGUAGAAUUUCUUGCUUCUCUAAGACAUCCACAGUAGCCAAACAUGAAGAGUUAGCUUUAUAUAGCUGCAAGUGUCCUUAAAUGAAGUGCAUCUUGGCACAGCAGUUAAAAACAAUAUCGGGGGAAAAGGUACAGGCCAUUUGUACCUAUUGGCAUAAAUUUAAUAUAUUUCAGAAUUGCCUGCCAUAUAAAAAUACCUAUGCAUAUUAAAGUAGUAAUGAUGAAGUGAUUAAGAAUCCACAGCAUUUUUUUGUGGAUACCCUCGUCUCCUCAUAAUAAAACUAUUAGGCCAAAUCCUGAGAGAGACUGAGAACUGCACUCCUGCUAAUUUAAUUGAAAAUUGACAGUGCCUGCUUCAGAGAACUGCAUCACAGAUGCUCAGCAUGAAUCAAGUUAAGAUUCCCUCUCAAGAAAAGAAAAAGAGCAACUCUGCUUCCCAUCCCAUGGAAUCUCCAGAGUCUCUAACUCCAUCUCCAUCAUACUUCUGUGCACUAUAAUCUGAUAUUGUACUGCCAAAUCUCCCCCUUUUACAGAAUCUAUUUUAUGUACAUGGUUGCUACAAGCAAAAGUUCCUGGAUAUUUAUUCUGUGAUUCCAGACAUCAAGCUAGAGAUGAACAAAUACUUACUGAAGAAAAACUACCCAGUCUGUGCAUAUUCAAAUGGUUACUGUACAAAGGUAUGUAAGCUACUUUACAUAUCUAUUUAAUAUGCAUAGGACAGGGCAGAGUUGCAGCUUAUAAAGUAAUUCGGAGCUACAUAGGUUUUUGUAAGCAACAGAUUACUUUUUCAGAUAUUGUGAAUGGACUUUGAUAGCAUGGUCCUUUUAUAGGAUUCUACAAAGCAAGCUGCUGCUUACAAAAGCAUAUUCAUCUCAGAACUGGUCUAUAAGGUACCAUGCCUUCUGUCUGGCUUCAGACUAACACAGCUAAAUACCUCUCAUUUACAAUGCAUGUGCAGGUUCUAUCAGGACAAUUUAAGAGGCCUGUCCUGAAAUUCUGGGAAGUAAUAAUUAAUUAAACAAAAAAAAUCUAGGAAACAGAAGCCACAAAAAUACAAAAGCAGAGCCAAAAUCAUCCUUAAACCAAUUACUCUUCAAAUACAAUGCACAAGUAAUUCUGGCUAUACACAUUUUAACUUCUUGGGUCCUUAUGCUUGGAGCUAACUGUACUGGUUGACUUGAAUCUAUGCACUAACUGUGUCUAUAUCAUGGUUUGUUACAUAUAUUCAAAGGUCAAACUUUGCUCGCCUUAACAGUAUAUCUCCUAUCACACCCACCUCUAUCUUCCCAACCCUACCAUCACAGCUCAGAUUUCUCCCCCAAGCAGAAAAUAUUUGCAGGAAAUUCCACAAGGUGACUCGUAUAGACUUUUCUGGCUUCCAAGCUCCUGAAACCCAUAGGUAAUUUACUGGGAAGAGCAAAGUAAGCUCUUGUUUUCCUGGGUAGAAUGGACUUCAGGCAGCUCUAGGACCAGACUCAGAUUCAGAUUGCUGACUGCGGGCAACGAAGUUCUCAAAUUUGGAAGCUAAAAUCAGUCUCAAUUCUAAGACCAUGAAGUAUCCCAUGCUGACAAAAUGCUGAAGGGUAGCAGAACGUAAUUUCCUAUUGAAGUCAGUAUCCCUAGUUUUCUUUUUGUAUGAGUUUCUGAGCACCAGCUUACUACUUUGAAUCAGCAAAAGUAUAAAAUUUUUGCAUAGCUCUGUACCUAUAGGAGAGACACAGAAUGUUAAAUUCUUGGAGUUUUUCAUCCUCCCCCAGCAGCUUGAACUGCUAUAGCAGAUUUACUGUCGAUUGAUUAUUUUAUCAUACCAGUUCAUCCAUUUGUAAUCUAUUAUUGCUGGUCUCUUCAUGACCCUGAUAAAAGAUUGGUUAUAACCUAAGAGGUUCAAUUCUUCAACCCUAAGUAACAAAAGCACAUCUUUCUGGGAUGUACCCUUUGAAUUUAUAACUGCUAAGUAUUAAUAGUUUGGCUCAUGUAUUUUUAUGUUAAAAUUAAAUGUUUGUUUAUAUUAUUGUGGAAUUACAUGUUUCCAUCUUUUAAAAAUAUAUUGAUUUCUCACAGAAGUGUAUUUUGCUAAUGAGCAAAGAAUAUGAUUCUUGUUUAUUUAACAAUAGAAUAAGAGAGAGAGAGAAAUUAAUCAGAUGAGAUUUACAAUCAACUGAUUUCUGGUUUUUUGUUUUCUAAAUUGACAUUACAAGUUAUGCAACAGUGCCUUGAAGGAAGGAACAAAUUUAACAUGUUUUAAGUUCAUUUUUGUGUUUUGCAAGAACUAUCUUUGUGUUUUCAGAGGAAGCUUGAUGGUAAAAAUCUAGUCAAUGAUUACUGAGUCUAAUGCUGUUUAUCUUGCUUGCCUUAUUUUACAUUUUGAAUGUAGAUCUGUACUCACUCAUCUGUGUUAUAUUGUCCUGCCUGAACUGUAAGGUAUGCGUACUCAGUGGAACAUUUAUUUCUUAUAUGUUCGCUAUAAAUGCAAUAACAAAAAGAAUGGAAAUAGUGGGAACAGGCAAUACUGUAUAUACAUUUAAAUGCAAUAAACUUAAUGGAGAAGGCUGCCUAA